AUGGCUGAGUUUGGUGCUAUGGUUUUGGAUUGUGGACUUUCGGAUGCCGGGUUCUCUGGGGCUAGUUCUUGCUAUACUUGGGAGAGCCCUUCAGGUCUUUUGGAGCGUUUGGACAGGAUUCUAUAUAACUGUGCUUGGCUCGAUUUACUGCCUUUUACGCAGGUUACCCACCUCUCACGGACCUGGUCGGAUCAUGCUCCUCAUUUGGUUUCAUCGGCUGCUUCUUCUUCUAGGCCUCCUGCUUCAUUCCGGUUUCAGCAUAUGUGGAUCCGCCACGCUACAUUUCGUCAGAUUGUGGAACAGGCUUGGGAUUUUCCGUGUGCUCAGACGGGGAUGCAUCGAUUACAUGCGGAGUUGAGACGAUUGAAACAGAAGCUUCAGUGGUGGAAUUGGAAUGUUUUCGGGGACGUGUUCAAGAAUAAAGAGAGGGCCGAGGCAGCUGUUCUAGAGGCUGAGCACAUAUAUGACUUGGAUCGAUCCCCCGAGAACCGUGCAAAUUUGAAAAAGGCCACUACUGAAGUUACUCUCAUGCUCAAUAUUGAGGAGGACUUUUGGAAGCAGAAGGCAACUUGUAGAUGGGCGACUGAUGGAGAGAGAAACUCUAAGUUUAUCCACUCAUUAGUCAAGAAAAAACGAUGUGUCAAUCGAAUCCACUCUAUCUCUCAUGGUGAUUCGGUUCUCACAUCUGCUCAGGAGAUCAAGGAUUCGGGCGUUGAUUUCUUUAGCAAGCUUCUUACCGAUGAUAUGCCUAGUGUGCUUCCAGUUGAUGAGUCCCUAUUUUCCGCUCCUCAAAGGGACUUUACUUCAGUCUCUAGUCGUCCAUCGGUUGAGGAGAUCAAAGAUGCAUGGUUUGGGAUUUGUCGAGAUAGUGCUUCGGGUCCUGAUGGGUAUUCUACGCUAUUUUAUCAACAUUGUUGGGACUUGAUUCAGUGUGAUGUUUGUGAAGCGGUUUGGGAUUUCUUCGAGGGUGGAUCUAUGCCUGCGAGCUUCACCGUUACCACCUUGACUAGCACCUCAUUUUCCCCACAUUAUUUCUCCUUCUCAGAGUGGGUUUUUUCAGGUCGUCUCAUUAGUGAUAAUAUUUUAUUAGCACAAGAGAUGUUCCACUCGAUAUCAGUUUGUUGUCGAAAUCCGAAUCUUAUGUUGAAGCUGGAUAUGGCAAAGGCUUAUAAUAGGGUUCAGUGGCGGUUCUUAUUUCGUGUACUCGAGCUGAUGGGUUUCUCGGCGAACUUGGUUGAUAUUAUUCGGCAAUGUGUUUCCUCGUGGCAUUUCUCUUUACUAAUCAACGUGGAGCUGACGGCAUAUUUCACUUCGUCUCGUGGUCUAAAGCAGGGAGAUCCGCUCUCGCCGACUCUUUUUGUACUUGCAGCUGAUUAUUUUUCGAGAGGUCUAGAUGAACUAUACAACCGUUGCCCAAGCAUGUUUUAUUCUACAAGGGGAGGAAUCCCUAUAUCCUAUUUGGCCUAUGCGGAUGAUGUGAUGAUAUUUACCUCGUGCCAUAAUUUUGGCCUGAAGAAGCUGCGGGAUUUUCUCGAUCAUUACUGUCGGACUUCGGGUCAGUUGAUUAGUGUGCACAAGAGCACUUUCACAGUUGAUAGGGCAUGUUCUGAUGGUCAUCUUCGCACUAUUUCUCGGAUUCUCAGUUAUCCGAGAAAGGAUCUUCCUAUCAUUUAUCUUAGAGUUCCGCUAUACAAAGGGAGGGAGCGGGGCAGUUUGUUUCAGACUUUGCUUGAUCGGAUGCAAGCCAGGAUUUCGGGUUGGGCUCGGACCCCUUUGGCUUUCGGGGGCCGUCUUGCCUUGAUUCAGAGUACGCUUUCGACUAUGGCUUUGCAUCUUGUUCAGCGCCGGCCUCAUUGGGUUGCUUGGGAGACGAUUUGUCGGCCAGUUGGUGAGGGUGGCUUGGGGUUGAGGCGUUUGACGGAUGUUAUUGACACCUUCACUUACAAGCUCUGGUUCCGAUUCCGUGCUCAGAAUUCUGUUUGGGCCCGUUUUCUCCGAAACAAGUAUUGCCCGAAUCGGUUCCCAGGUUCAUCCGUUGUGUCUUCACUCUAUAGCACGGUGUGGAAGCACAUGUGCCGUGUCCGAGAGCGUGUUCAAGAUCAAAUAUUUUGGCGGAUUGGUCCAGGUCAUGUUUAUUUUUGGCACGAUCACUGGUUUGGCGAUGGUCCCCUUUCGGGCAUUAUUGAUGGUGGUCGGCUAAAUUCAGUUCGUGUGGAGUAUUAUUUGGUUAACGGACAGUGGGAUCGAAACAAGCUAGCUGAGGAUAUUCCUUUUGAGUGGAUUGAUAGGAUUUGCUCGGUCCCGAUCUCUGGUGUUUCGGGUCAUUUGCCAAUUUGGAGAGCUUCUUCGGAUGGCAAGUUUUCCUUGACCUCAACUUGGGCCUUGAUACGAAAACAGCAUACCCCUACCCCUCUUCUUCGUAUAUUUUGGGGAUCUUGUGUUACUCCUACAAUUUCUAUCUUUCUUUGGCGUCUCCUUCUUCAGCGUCUUCCAGUGGAUCUCAAACUUCAGUCUCGAGGCACCUCUCUCGCCUCGAGGUGCUAUUGUUGUCCAGAUCCAUCUAUUCCUGUGUCGAGUCUUGUAUCUCAGUCUGUUGAGUCUCCUUCUGUUGAGUCGAUUGAUCAUAUCUUCGUGGAGAGCCCGACAGCUAAGAGGGUAUGGCAUCAUUUUUUCUAUGUUUUUGGAAAUGACAGCAAGCACAAGGAUAUCACGGUUCGUGCUUCUUCCAUCAUUUACAGGGUCAUCCAGCACAUCAGGAUUCUUCAUCAAACCAACUUACUUUCGGCGGACGGCUGGACUGGCAUUCCCCACGUGGCUGAGUCUCUUGGCCUAUAUUACCGAGUCAAAACACCAACUCUCACACCUCAUCGAGUUCUUUGGCUUCCACCGGAUCCGGGUUGGGUGAAGCUAAACACAGACGGAGCCCGUAGAGCAUCCACCCAGAUUGCAGCUAUUGGCGGGAUUAUCAGAGGUUCGGACGCUGAGGCCAUACUUGCAUUUCACGACAGGAGCUCUGCCCCAAGCAGUAUUGCAGCCGAGCUUGCUGCCCUUGCCUCGGGGCUGAGAUUUGUUAUCCAGAGGCAAUUCACUAGAGUUUGGAUCGAGCUUGAUGCAUAA